AUGGCGACCUCUUCGAGUGGAUCUAUCUCUUUUCCGACGCCGCCGCCGACGCCGACGGUCAUCCCGUGGCUGAGCUAUAACUGUGUGGCUUCAGGCUCCACUGUAUUCGCCAUCAUGGAGGGUUCUCGUAUCUUUUCGGUGAACGCCGCCGAUCUCUCAGGUCGCCGGAGUACAAUUCAGCCUAGUCCCAUCCCAAACGUGAUAUGGGAUCAAAAUGCAAUAUCAAACAGGCUUGUAGUUAUGUGUUGCACGGGUUCUGCACACGUUCAUCCAGAGGAUUUGGGUUCUUCCAAUCAGGCUUUGCGCUGUACAGUUGGGGUUUGUCUCAUUGAGUUGUUUAGGAUCACAAACAUGGAUGACAGAUCGAAGGAUCAAAGUGAUCAUACAAGUGAUUCAAGCACUGACCAUUCAGAUCAUAUCCAUGAUCCUGAUUACUCUGUUAGGUGGUCAGAGAUGCUGAUGAAACAGAAGCAAUUCACUUCCUAUGAUGAAUAUAAGAGCAAGAAGACAGAAAUGAAGCUUGAAGAAGGAAUAGGAAGUUCGAGUAAAACUCCCGGUAGGGGAAGGAAUCGCGGUCGUCCUCAAGAAUUGCAAAGGGUAAAAGCCCCAAGAAAAACAAGAGCAAAAACAAGUCGAACUUCAAGCUCUACAAGUAGAAGAAAAAAGGCGCUGAAAGCAACCAUAUUGUCAUGGUUAAUAGAUUCCAAGGCAAUUCAAGAAAGCGCGAAAGUCUGUUGCAUGGAUGAGGCAGGGGAGAAGGGAAUCAAAGAAGGGGAAAUCGCGAGGGAGGGGAUACUAUGCUGUUGCUGCAACGAGGUUUUUGCAGUAAUGGACUUCGAGGUUCAUGCAGGAAGCAACCUCAAGAGGCCUUACGAGAGAAUUUUCAUCGCGGAGACUCGUGCUUCUCUGUUGUCCUGCAUGAUUGAAGCUUGGAAUCAGCCUGAGGAGUCCAAAAACCACAAGUUCAACUUGAUUGAGGCUCCAGGCGAGGCUAGUGACUCGUACGAUGAUGCUUGCAUCAUCUGUGCAGAUGGAGGGAACUUGAUGUGUUGUGAGGAAUGUAAUUCAACAUACCAUCAAGCCUGCAUGGGAAUGGAGGAACUUCCUCAAAAUUCAUGGUACUGUCCAUACUGUGCUUGCAAAUAUUGUGGGGAAAGUAGUCACGAACACAGUUUUUUACUCACUUGUUCUCAAUGCGAGAAGCGAUAUCACUGGGAAUGCUUUCAUGACAGAGAGCAGAUGGUGAUUGAUAUUAAUAGUGAGCCUCUCCCAUUUUGUGGGAACAGCUGCAGAGAGGUCCAUGAGAAACUUGGAAAGAUGGUCGGAGUGGAAAAUCAGAUUGAUGAAGAAAUUACAUGGACACUGCUUCGACAAAUGGAUCGACAAUUUGGUGUUCAUGUGGAUGACUUAUAUCAUAGAACUGAAUGCCACUCCAAGCUUGCAGUUGCAUGGAGAGUAAUGGAGGAUUGUUUCGAGACAAUAAUAGACCGACAUACUGGAAUCAAUGUUAUUCAAAGUGUGGUCUAUAAUUGUGGGCUUGCUGAGAUGCCCUUCAUUGCAACCAGCGAGAAUUACCGGUGCAAGGGGAUGUGUGCGAAACUAAUGACAGCAAUUGAAUCUACACUUUGCUAUCUCAAAGUCCAGAAUCUUAUCAUUCCAUCCACUGAAGAAAGAAUUGGAAAGUGGAUACACAGCUACGGUUUUCGCAAAACCGAGGCAGAAGCAAUGGAGGACAUAAUGCAGUUCAACACUCUGAUGUUCCACGACUCAGUCAGGUUAACCAAGACAUUAUGUUCAACGGUUGCCAGAGAACCGAACGCCGAAAUCAAUGAAGCUGUGGAUGAUCAGGUCGAAGAUGAUCAGAUUGGAGUAUCCGGGACGAAAAAUUCUGAAAAUGUGAAUCGUUUUGACCUCAAUUUAGAACCUGAACCUGAAGAAUCGUGA